CUCACUUUCUUUCGCAUUUUUCUUGGCAUUCUUUCUUCGUGUCUGAUUCUGCAGAGAAAUUUCUGCAGUGAAAGAACACAGAGAAGAGGAAGAGGAACAAAGUGCGUAAACCUUUACGUACGUGGACCCUGAUAAUGGACUACCAAGCCUCCUCUUCUACUCUCUCCAAUAAACUCUCCAAUGCCCACAGCGUUGGCUCAAAAACUGUGUACGACGGCGCUUUCUCUGCUCCGACCUCACAGUUUCGGGCUACAAAUUUAUCGUCCCGGGUUCUAGACUACGGUGAGAUAUUCACUUGCUCCGAAGCCUCGCGAGGUUCUUCGAUUCCGUUUCUUGACGUUCCUGCGCUGAAUGACAGCAACGUGUCGGUGGAUGCUUCAAGUUCAAAACUCGAUUACUCAAAGGUUUUCGGUUCCUUUGGGGAUUCAGAUUUUUCCCUAUCAUUUGAGGAGCUUAUUUGUGAGCCAAAGACAAGGAAUGGAUUUUCUGAUAUAGAGCGGAAUCCAGCUGAAAGAGGAUCCCCUUUUGAAGGGGCAGAUCCUGCUGAUUGUCAAGAAAGAAAUCAGAUGUACUCACAUGAAGCAUCUUAUCAUUCAUUUGAUGCUGUGGAGAAGCUCAGCAAGUCACGCAUUAAAAUCAGACAUGGAGGCAAAAAUGGAAUAAAUAGGACAACCCAAGUGGCUCAGCUUCAUGGUGCUCCUGGUUAUACGUGCAUAAUCAAUGAAAUGACCACCUUGCAGAUGAAUGAAAGCCAAAAGCCGGUACCUUCUGCAGUAAAUGAUGCUUAUCUGAAGAAUGAUUUAACCGAUGGGCUAAUAGAUAGUGUUCCUCCCACAAAAAUUGUGACAGAUCUUCCUGCUUAUGGUGCUAGCGAACAGAACUGUGAAGUUGGUGUUGCACUUCAAAAUAAAUAUGGUAUGUGUGGGUCCAAUUCAAUUGAUAUGCCAUUUGGUGCGUGUGAAUACGGCCAUGGACAUUUUUUGAAAGUUUCACCAUCUUCAAGCCCACUGUCCAAUUCAUGUGGUAGCAAGGGUGAUUCUGAGAAAUUGAUGGCUCCAAAGUUUUGGGCUUCUGGAAUUCUUUUUGAAGGUACUGGACAUGUCUCUUCGCCAACAUACUCUGAUGAGGACAUAGAUUCAAACUCAUUUUCCGUCGCCUCUGUGGUUGCUUUGAGGAAAGCAAUAAAGGAGGCACAAGAAAAGAUGGCAUUUGCAAAAGAAUCAAUGGCAAGAAAGAAGGAAUGCCUUCAAAAUCAUACCAAUUUUAGUUCUAAUUACGGCCUCAAAGCUGAGCUGAGAAGGGAGGGUAAAGCUACAGACAAGGCAAAGGGGUAUAAAGAGAAGAAGGAUUCAGAGAUGUAUGAGAAGGAGGAUGCUCCAGAGCAAGCUUCUGCAGGUACGAGGGAGCAAAAUAUGAUGAGAACGGGCCGCACAGUAGACUUUGGGAUCAGGAAGUCACCUUUGGAAACUGAAGCAGCUUUAGAAGGACAGUUUUAUGAACCUGUUACCACAGGUAAACAUGAAGAAGUAAUGCUAGAGUUUAAACAGGCAGACAGCACAAAGAAAGAAGGCUUUCAGAAGCCAGAAGAAAGUAGUGAGAGAUCAAAUGCAGUUGAAGAGGCUCAUAAGCAGGAAAUUGAAAGGAAUGUAAAAACAGUUGAAGCUGCAGUCAAAACUGAAGAACACAAGGGCGAAUUAGAAUUAGGUCAACAGGUUCAUGACCAGGAAGAAAAUGAGAAGAUAUUAAGAGUUGUUCUCGAGCAGGAAGAAUCUGAGAUGAAAGUUGAAGCAUCCCAUGUACAGGAAAAGCGUGGAGAGAAACUAAAAAUUCUCGAGGAAGUAGUAAAUCAUGAGGAAAAUAUUGAGACUCGAGAGUUUGAGGAAAAUGAAAACAUGAAGGGGCAGAUGAAGCCUCAGGAGUGGGUAGAAAAUGUAAAGCAAGGAAAAGAUGAUUGUGAGGAGGAAGACAUUCAGAAGGAACAAGAAUAUGCCCACUGGGAAAAAGACACUGAAAAGAGGCUAGACAAAGUUCAUGAGAAAUUAGUAAUUGAGACGACAUUUAAUGACAUCCACAAUGAGAAUGAAAAUGGGAAGAGUCUUGAAGUGAAUGGUGAUUUGGAAGGAAAUAAGAAGCUGCAAGAGGCUGGAGAAAAUGAGAUGUUACAUAAAGGGGUUGUUUAUCGGAUUGAAGAUAAAGACAAUAGACUAAAGUGUACUUGCAAAUGGAUAGAAGCUGAGAAGAUACAAACAGACAUUGAUCAGAGUGCAGAAGACGAGAAAAGAUUGAAAGUGGCCCAAGAAGCUCUUAGUUGCAAGGAAAACAAUCUUGACACUGCUGAUGAUCAAUAUAAGCAGGAUGAAAGUCAAGACCUAAAUGAAAAUCAAAAAGUGAGUAGACAUAUUGAAAAUGAUAGAAAUGUGGAUGUAACGUUUGAGGUACCUGCACAUGAUGAGAAUGGAAGUAAAAUUGAAGUAAAUAAGGAUUCCAUUAACCUGGAGGAGAAUGUAAAAAAGGCAGAAGGUGUUAAAGUUGAAAUUGAGGUAAGAAUGACCGAAGAAUCCCUUUAUGAUGUGGACAAUCAUGAGACAGUUGAUGAUCGAUUUAAGCAGGAUGGAAGUGAGAAGCUAAGCAAAAAACAUGAAGCCAGCAGACAAAAAGACAAUGAUAAGGAUGUGGAAGUAACUUUAGAGGCACCUGCACAUGAAGAAAAUGGAAAUACAAUGGAAGUAAAUACAUCUUCCUUUGAACGCAAAGAGAAUGGGAAAGAUUUAGCAGCAGUUAAAGAGGAAAAUGACACGGAAGAUAAGGAGAUACUUGAAACAGUUGGUUUUACUCGAGAUGCCUGCAGACUAGCUGAGAUAAAGCAGCAAAUGGAAGAUGUGAUAGAUACAGUUGGUUUUGACUCAGAAAGGGUAAACUUUGUUAAAUCUGACAUGAGUGGGCUACAGCAAAACUACCAACACGAAGAAGAACACAAAAUAGCCUUCAAUCUGGCAGGGAACAUUGAGGAAUCGGCUCCUGAACUGGGGAAUAUGACUGUCAAGGAAGUUGAAUUUGCUGGAUGUCAGGAAGAAGAUGGGAAUUGGACCAUGUCUUCUCACAAGGAAAAAUGGAUUUAUGGGAACAAGGUGAAAGCAGAUCCCGAAGAAGAUGGAAAUAAUUCUACCUCUUCUCAUGAGGAGAGAUGGGUUGAUGAUGGGAACAAGAUGAAAGCAGUUCAGCUUCCCAGCAUGUUACAAGGGGAAGGAAAUAGCCUGGAAACAGCUCAAGAGAUCAAAAUAGCCCAGAUAACAGAAAAAAAUGGGACUCAUCAAUCGACCCUGACAACGGAAGAGAAGGAAAGCAAUACUAAUGAGCAAAAGGAUGUGGAAACGGAAGAGGAACACUUUAAAAACAUAGAUGAAGCGCAAGAGUGGGAAAGAGAAAGAGAGAAGAUGGCUGUUGAAAGAGCCAUCCGUGAUGCUGUUGAAAGAGCCAUCCACGAGGCUCGUGAAAGGGCAUUUGCUGAGGUUAGAGAGAGGGCUGAAAGGGCUGCUGCUGAAGCUCGUCCAAAGGUGACAGCAGAGGCACGAGAAAAGUUAGCAAAGACUUCUGCGGUUAAUGAAAAGUCGCCAGCUGAGAAAGCUGCUAUCAAAGCCAGACUUAAAGAUGAACGUGCUGCUGUAGAGAGAGCAACUGUAGAGGCUCGAGUACGUGCCCUAGAAAGAGCAAUGUUCAAGAAGGCUGCCUUCAAGGCAAGACACCAGGCUGAAAAGUACGUUGAUGAGAAACUAUCUGGUGCAUCAAAAGAUAAUGGAAGGAGGCAGAGCUUUUCACCACAUGAUCCACAUCAUAAAGGCUCGAGUUCUACCAGCAAUACGAAAUACCCCCACUCUUCAAGUCAUGGUGAUGUGUCAUACGCUCCCCACUCCACUGAGAGAUUUGAUGGAACUAAUGAUGAAUCAGCUCAGAGGUGUAUAGCAAGGUCUGAGAGGCAUGAAAGAGUAGUGGAACGUGUGACAAAAGCUCUUGCGGAGAAGAAUCUGCGGGAUCUUCUUGCACAGAAGGAGCAGGCAGAAAGAAAUAGAUUAGCAGUGUCACUUGAUGCUGAUGUCAAAAGGUGGUCAAGCGGGAUGGAAUGGAACCUGAGGGCACUGCUUUCGACACUAGAAUAUAUCCUUGGGCCCGACAGUGGUUGGCAGCCAAUACCUCUUACAGAUAUCGCUACAACUAGUGCUGUAAAGAAAGCUUACCGUAAAGCUACUCUUUUUGUUCAUCCUGACAAGUUGCAGCAGCGGGGUGCAAAUAUCCAGCAAAAGUACAUUUGUGAAAAGGUUUUUGAUCUUCUAAAGGAAGCUUGGAAUAGAUUCAAUGUGGAAGAAUGGUAGAUAGGGACUGGUGUAUUUUUUUGGCCACCUAAGCCAAGUAAUACAAUAAAUAAACAAAUAGUAUCCAUUUUUGCCCAUCCGGCCAAAUUAUGGACACAAGCUUUAAAGCUGGAACACCUUGAAAUAGCAUCAAAUGUGAAGUAUUUGAAAAAACAUUUGCUGUUCACAGAAUGCAGACAAAUCAGGACCGUUCAGGCAGCCAAAGCCAAAAAUGCAAGUGAAGGAUGCAACUGAAAACACGCCAUGAACCAAAAGUCACUUUGAGAAGAGAGGAGGUGCAGGCCACAAACUAUCUCGUUCAGUAGCUAAAAGGUGAAAUUCAAGUUGUAAGAUGAAUAAUCUCUUUGAAACGAGUUUUGUUCAUCCAAGAGAGUAUAAAUGAAAACAGCAUGAGGCUUAUUUAUUAAGCCGAGAAAUUAACUAAUAAAUAAACCGAAAAGCAAUUUCUUUUAUUCAGGAACUAGCUGGCCUUCUUACAUACAUAUAUUAAGCUUGUAAUUUACAUAUAUAGGAGUAUUCCUGCUAAUGUUU